AUGGAGGUGUUGGAGUCGCCUUGCGUACGUGUACUGGAUACCUCGCUGUGUCAUGUUGUCCCGCAGGUAACAAUGUUCGCCGCAGGAAGCGGUGGGGCGUUGCUCAGUGCCCUCCCUGUUUUCCUCUCCCUUUCCCCCUGUCCUCCUCUCCCUUUCCCCCUGUCCUCCUCUCCCUUUCCCCCUGUCCUCCUCUCCCUUUCCCCCUGUCCUCCUCUCCCUUUCCCCCUGUCCUCCUCUCCCUUUCCCCCUGUCCUCCUCUCCCUUUCCCCCUGUCCUCCUCUCCCUUUCCCCCUGUCCUCCUCUCCCUUUCCCCCUGUCCUCCUCUCCCUUUCCCCCUGUCCUCCUCUCUCUUUCCCCCUGUCCUCCUCUCCAUUUCCCCCUGUCCUCCUCUCCCUUUCCCCCUGUCCUCCUCUCCCUUUCCCCCAGUCCUCCUCUCCCUUUCCCCCUGUCCUUCUCUCCCUUUCCCCCUGUCCUUCUCUCCCUUUCCCCCUGUCCUCUCCAUUUCCCCCUGUCCUCCUCUCCCUUUCCCCCUGUCCUUCUCUCCCUUUCCCCCUGUCCUCCUCUCCCUUUCCCCCUGUCCUUCUCUCCCUUUCCCCCUGUCCUCCUCUCCAUUUCCCCCUGUCCUCCUCUCCCUUUCCCCCUGUCCUCCUCUCCCUUUCCCCCUGUCCUUCUCUCCCUUUCCCCCUGUCCUCCUCUCCCUUUCCCCCUGCCCUCCUCUCCCUUUCCCCCUGUCCUCCUCUCCCUUUCCCCCUGUCCUCCUCUCCCUUUCCCCCUGUCCUCCUCUCCCUUUCCCCCUGUCCUCCUCUCCCUUUCCCCCUGUCCUCCUCUCCCUUUCCCCCUGUCCUCCUCUCCAUUUCCCCCGGUCCUCCUCUCCAUUUCCCCCUGUCCUCCUCUCCCUUUUCCCCUGUCCUCCUCUCCCUUUCCCCCUGUCCUCCUCUCCAUUUCCCCCUGUCCUUCUCUCCCUUUCCCCCUGUCCUUCCCUCCCACCUUUCCUCCCCCUCUCUCACAUCCCUUCCCUUUCCUACUGUCCUCUCCCACCAUUCACGCUUCUCUCAGCCAUCCCUUUCCCCCCUCCCCUGCCCCUCGCCUUUCCCCACUACCGUCCCUUCCCUUUCCACUACGUUCUCUCGUCCAGCCCACCCGACAGUACCAGCUUUGCUUGGCCACUGA